GUGGGCCGGGCGGGGGAAGUGGUGACCGCGAGGUCUCCCGGGCGCGGGGCACCGGCCCUUCCCUGUAACCGCCGAGAUGCUCCGUCCGGGGCCCGCCCCGCGGUCCACAAUAUCUCUGGCCCAGGCGUCCGUCGGGCGGGCCCCGUUUCCACUCUCGGAGCCCCCUCGAGAAGCCCUGUCCCCGCUUCGUGGUUUCCGAUGGGCCCCAAGCCCCGACUGGCGCCCUCCCCAGCCCGGCGUCCGCUGUCCGCCUGCUCCGGCCCGGGGUUCUUCCUUGCCGGGCCCCGGCCCCGCCCGAGAGUCUGAGGACUCGGGGAACCCCGGGGUCUCCCCACCGGAUUCUCUUCCCAGGUCGUCCCAAGGGGCUGCUUCUGCGUCCCGGGGUGCCCGGGCCCCUCAAGGCCUGGUGACUCGAGGCCCUUUCCCUUCCCGGCGCCUCUCCGCCCGGCAGACGGUCACCAGCUCUCCAAACUCAGCCCGCGACCGCAGCCCCCAGCAUGAGCCGGGCCUUUCCCUCGCUUCUGGGUCCAGGGUCUUGGACUGCACUCUGAUAACUGUUGCUGCAUGUAUGGUUAUGCAGGUGCAUUUUGUGUAUCUGUCAGAGAAUCUUGUGCUUCUAGUGGCACCAGUGUGACUCACUGCUGACUCCUCCCCUGGGAAGUCCAGGGUACCAGGUGAUGGCGGCUUUGCACCUGUCUGCCCUGCCCCAGGCUGAGGUGACCUUUGAGGACGUGGCCGUGCUAUUCUCCCGGGAGGAGUGGGGCCGUCUGGGCCCUGCUCAGAGGGGCCUCUACAGGGACGUGAUGCUGGAGACCUACAGGAAUCUGGUCUCCCUGGGAGCUGGACCUGCAGGUCCCAAGCCUGGGGUGAUCACACAGUUGGAGCGAGGGGAUGAGCCGUGGGUCCUGGAUGCACAGGGCGCCAAGGGGAAAGAGCGACUGAGAGUCAGUAUCUCAGGUCAUGGGACCAGGACUGAGUACAAGGAGUUGUCUUCAGGGGAGAUGCUUGAUGAGGAAGAACUGGAUCAACUCCAGAGGGCUGUUCCCCAGGGACCUGAUCCUGGAGAGACCCAUGCAUGUGUCUGGGAGCCAGAGGAGAGCCUGGACAAGCUUGUGGAGCAGAGAGGCCCGAGGCCAGUCACAUUGACCAAUGAGGAUAGUGUCCAGGGGUCUGGGGGAAGCCUCAGGUUUCGGUCAAGCCCUAUCUCUGAUCAGAGACCUCACAAAUGCGAUAUAUGUGAACAAAGUUUUGAACAGAGAUCAUACCUUAAUAACCAUAAGCGAGUACACAGGUCAAAAAAGACAACUACAGUCCAUGAUUCUGGGGAAUUCUUCCCUGCAAAUUUAGUUGUUAAAGACGAUCAGAAAAUUCCUCUUGGGAAAAAAUUGCAUUAUUGUGGUUACUGUGGGAAAGCCUUCAGGUACAGUGCUAACCUUGUCAAACACCAGCGGCUUCAUAGUGAAGAGAAGCCCUACAAGUGUGACGAGUGUGGGAAAGCCUUCAGCCAGAGCUGCGAGUUCAUCAAUCACCGAAGGAUGCACUCAGGGGAGAUCCCCUACCGAUGCGGUGAGUGCGGGAAGACAUUCAACCAGAGGCCCAACCUCAUGAAACAUCAGAGGAUUCACACCGGGGAGAAGCCGUAUAAGUGUGGUGAUUGUGGGAAACACUUCAGCGCCUAUUCGUCCCUUAUUUAUCACCAGAGAAUCCACACUGGAGAGAAACCCUAUAAGUGCAACGACUGUGGGAAAGCCUUCAGUGACGGCUCAAUCCUUAUCCGACAUCGUCGGACCCACACUGGGGAGAAGCCAUUUGAGUGUAAAGAAUGUGGCAAAGGCUUUACCCAAAGUUCUAACCUUAUCCAACAUCAAAGAAUUCACACUGGGGAGAAACCCUAUAAAUGUAAUGAAUGUGAGAAGGCCUUCAUCCAAAAAACCAAACUUGUUGAACAUCAGAGAAGCCACACUGGAGAGAAGCCCUAUGAAUGUAAUGACUGUGGCAAAGUCUUCAGCCAGAGCACACACCUUAUCCAGCAUCAGAGGAUCCACACAGGAGAGAAGCCGUACAAGUGUAGUGAGUGUGGGAAAGCCUUCCACAACAGUUCCAGACUCAUCCACCACCAAAGGUCGCACCAUGGAGAGAAGCCGUACAAAUGCAGCGAUUGCAAGAAAGCCUUUAGCCAGGGUACUUACCUCAUCCAGCACCGGAGGAUCCACACUGGAGAGAAGCCCUACAAGUGUAGCAAGUGUGGGAAGGCCUUCCGGCACAGUUCCAACAUGUGCCAGCAUCAGAGGAUUCACCUCCGGGAAGACUUCUCGAGGUGACCGUGGAGAAGGGCCCAUGAGUUCCACUGUGCAAUUCCUCCUUAUGACCCACCCCACCCCUUUAUUUAUUGUCCACACAGUGUUGUUACAGAUGAAGGGCAUUUCUAAUUAAAAACAAACAAACAAAACUCUUUUCUUAAACCAAAAGUAGUGCAUGUUCAUUUUGGAGAAAUUGAGACAGGUAAGCAAAAAGUAGUUCUCCCCCACUUAGAAAAAGAAUCCAUCACUGUUGAUUUAAUAUACGCUUCCUUUCACACAUAGUUAAGAGCAUUUUAAAAAAAGUACUGUGUGCUUGUCAUUGCAGGACAUAGGAUCUUUCGCCUUUGCUAUUUCCUCAAUCCUAGAAAACACUGGAAAGAAUUCUACAUAUUUACAUAUCUUUACAUGUUGUAAAUUUAAAAAAUUAACAGUCAUACUUUUCUGUGUGUCUUUAUAAUAGAGUUGAUAAUUGCCAUUUUUAUUGUGGUAAAAUAUACAUAACAAAAUUUACUAUUUUAACUAUUUUUAGGUGUAUAGUUCAGUGGCAUUAAAUACAUUUACAGUGUUGUAUAACCAUCACCACUGUUUUAUUAUCUGAAACAGAAAAUCUGUACCCAUUAAAAAUAACUCUCCUUUUCCCCUUUGUCUCACAUCUGCUGACAAUCUCUGUUCUAUUUUCUGUCUCUGAAUUUGCCUAUUCUAGUUUUCUCAUAAGUGGAAUAAUACAAUAUUUGCCCUUUAUAGCUGACUUAUUUCACUUUGCAUAAUGUUCUCAAGGUUCAUCCAUUUUGUAGCCUGUAUCAGAAUGUCAUUCUUUUUUAUGGCUGAAAGAAAUGACCUUGUUUGUAGAUACCAUGUUUUGUUUAUCCACUCAUCUGUUGAUGGACACUUGGUGUUUCUGCUUUUUGGCUGUUGUGCAUACUGCUGCUGUGAGUGGGUGUACAAGUAUCUUUUUGGAUCCUUUUUUGGGGUGGUGGGAGAGUGCAUGAGCAGUGGUUGGGGACCUAGUGGCAGAGGGAGCGGGAGAGAGAAUCUUAAGCAGGCUCCACAUCCAGCACAGAGUCCAACGUGGGGCUCGAUCUCAUGACCCCAAGAUCAUGAUCUGAGCUGAAAUCAACAGUUGGAUGUUUAACUGAGCCACCCAAGCGUCCUGUGGAUCCUUACUUUCAAUACUUCUGGGUAUACUUCUGGGAGUGAAAUUGCUGGGUCAUAUGGUAACUCUAUGUUUAACUUUUUGAGGAACAGCCAAACUUCUGCACAGUGGCUGUACCAUUUUACAUCCCCAUCAGCAAUGAAUAGAGGGUUCUAAUUUUCUUGCCAACACUUGUUAUUUCCCAUUUAAAAAAAAAUAAUGUCCAUUUUAAUGGGUGUGAAGUGGUAUCUCAUUGUGGUUUUGGUUUGCAUUUCCCUGAUGACCAAUGAUGUUGAAGUGCCUGAUGUUUCAGGCACUUAUUGACCAUCUGUAUGUCUUCUUCAGAGAAAUGUCUGUCCAAGUCCUUUGCCCAUUUUUGAAUUGGGUUCUUUGUGUGGUUUUUUUUUUUUUUAAAGUGUUGAGGUAUAGGAGUUCUUUGUAUAUUUUGCAUAGUAAUCUCCUCUAUCAGAUACACGAUUUGCAAAUAUUUGCUCUCAUUCCGUGAAUUCCUUCUACUCUCUCGUUCAUGUCCUUUGAUGCACAAAAAUUUUUAAUUUUUAUGAAGUUGAGUUUAUCUUUUCUUUUGUUGCCUGUGCUUUGGGUAUCAUAACCAAGAAAUCAUUGCUAAAUCCAAGCUUAGGAAGAUUUGUGCCUGUGUUUUUUUCUGAGUUUUAUAGCUUUAGGUCUUAGGUUUUGGUCUUUGAUCCAUUUUAAGCUAAUUUUUAUAUAUUGUAUAAGGUAAGGGUCCAACUUCUUUUGCAUCCAGUUUUCCCUACAACAUUUUUUGAAAAGACUGUUCUCCCCAUUGAAUAGUAUAGGCACACCUCAGAGAUACUCUGUGUUCAGUUUCAGACCCACUGUGAUAAAGCAGAUGUCUCAGUAAAGCGAAGUUAUGUUUACAUUAUGGUGUACUAAGUGUGCAAUAGCAUUAUGUCUAAGAAAACUGUAUAAACCUUAAUUUAAACACUUUUUUUCUAAAAAAUGCUGUCAUCUGAGCUUUCAGCAAGUCAUAAUCACUGAUCACAGAUUCCCAUAACAAAUAUAAUAAUGAAAAAAUUUGGAGUAUUGAGAGAAUUACCAAAAUGUGACAGACACAAAGUGACUAAAAGCUGUUGGAAAAAUAAUGCCAAUAGACUUGCUCACCAUAGGAUUACCACACAUUUUCAAUAUGUAAGAAACACAAUAAAGCAAAGCACAAUAAAACGAGGUAUGCCUGUAUUGGCUCAGGCUGCCAAAAAAAUAGCACAGACCUGGUGGCUUAAAAAACAAAUUUAUC